UUACGUCACCGUGGCGGAAGUCAAGGCAGCUGUGUUGAAAUCAUAUCGCCCGGUCUUAGAAGCUUCUGCUCACGCCGAGGCCAGCGACGGUCGGGCGGACCCCCUGACGCCUACUCUGCAGCCCUGCUGACCUGACGCCGCUGCCACGCCAUGUCCACCCCUCCGUUGGCUGCGUCAGGGAUGGCGCCCGGGCCCUUCGCCGGGCCCCAAGCCCAGCAGGCGGCCCGGGAGGUUAACACCGCAUCGCUCUGCCGGAUCGGGCAGGAGACGGUUCAGGACAUCGUGUACCGCACCAUGGAGAUCUUCCAGCUCCUGAGGAACAUGCAGCUGCCAAACGGUGUCACUUACCAUACUGGAACAUAUCAAGACCGGUUAGCAAAGCUACAGGAUCAUCUUCGCCAACUCUCUAUUCUCUUCAGGAAGCUGCGAUUGGUCUAUGAUAAAUGCAAUGAAAACUGUGGAGGGAUGGAUCCCAUUCCAGUAGAGCAACUUAUUCCAUACGUGGAAGACGAUGGCUCAAAGAAUGAUGACCGGGCCGGCCCACCUCGUUUUGCUAGUGAAGAGAGGCGAGAAAUUGCUGAAGUCAAUAAAAUGGAGGCUCUAAAAGAUCUGGGCUAUUCCAUUUCUUCAGAGGAGAAUCUUCCAGUGCCCUAAAUAGAGUGUAGUCUCAUGUCUUCUUGCCGUCUGCUGUGCUGGUGGCACUGAAUCCCCAGCUGUUCUGGUUCAAUUUCACAGGAAACAAACCUCUCGCUCCCUGAAAGGUGGGACAGGACACGGGAGAGGGUACUCAGUCCCCCGUUGGUGAGUGGGAGUGAGCACCUGGGCUCUCGUGCGUCCCUGUAGCUGUUUCCCUCCAGUUUCUGUCCCCGGGGCCUCACGUGCUGACUUUGCGAUGGCACCUGUCUCCAGGUCUCCGUGGCGGAUCAGCCCGUUCUCACUGGCAUCUUUCCUGCAUCCAUCUGGGUUGUACAGUAGUUUCCUCCCAUGUCAUUUAUUGCUCCCCUUCUACUUUUCAUUCUUAACAUGUGCCACCUGACAUCUACUGUUGUCUCCUUUCUGAUCAUUUUUCUCCACAUGGAUUUAUAUAGCUUUUCAUUCCUCUCCUGCCAUUUUAUUAGGGUUUGAGAAAAAAGAAAAGAUAAACACAUGUGUUUAGUCCACAGUGUUUAUCUGCAACAGGCUUACUUCAAUGCACAAAGUAGUAUUUCUGAACGUUCAUCUAUUUAUGGAAUAAAAGCCCAUAUUUUAAAUUCUGUGUUCCCAUUUAUACUUCAGGCAUUUGAGAACUCGUUUUGAUUUUGAAUAAACCAUUUGAAUCUGUUGAAUUUGCUGUUGUACAUACUUCUAACUUUGGCAUAAAACUUGUUUUAGUUAACAUAGUAUUGAACCGAAGAUUAUUACAAAGAGGAAAGAAUCCAUUACAUGUUUUAAAUUAAACAGAUUUAAAGCUUAGCCCUAUAUUUCCAUGGGAAUUUUUUUUUUAAGAGAAUUUAGAGAGAAACUAUCUUCUCUUGAAUGGCAGAGGAAGUAUUCAUUUGAUUGGCCUCAUGGCUCUCUCUUACUUCCUGGGAAUUGUUACUAUAAUUUGAGACAGUACUGGAGAAUUAAGCAGUAAACAGAAACCAGAAAAAAAAAAAAAAGAGGG